UAUGAAAGAAAAAAUCGAAGGAAACACGUAUUUAAAUUAGAUAAACCGCAAAUUAACUUUUUGAAGAUGAUGUAACAGGAUUGAGAAAAUAUAUACAAUUCUGCUAGAGAAGUUUAAAAAUUCACAAUCGCUUAAGAUCUUGGCUGUGUUCACUUUUUAUUUAGUGGAAGUGGUUGGUAAAACACACAUGUUCAGAUCACUUCUGCUAGUGUUCGAACGCAGGGUGGGUGUUUAUUUAAGUUUCGUACAUUAAGUCUGUUCAAUAUCGUCACAAGAGUUACUUAGGAGUUUCGGCCACAACCAUGUCUGUAUUGUUAAAUAUCCGGAGCUCCGGCUGUUCUUCAGCUCUCUGGCGCAGCUUCCACUCUAGCCCCACAACUCAUCGACUCCAAAAGCUAUCACGGUUGCGAGUGGUUGACAACAGUGAGCUUGGCAAGCAAGCGAUGAUGGAAGGCAAACCACCUAAAGUCAUCCAUGUAUAUAAUAAAACUGGCAUUGGUACAGUAGGUGAUGUAGUUUUAUGUGCCGUCAAGGGUAUGAAGAAGAAGGGAGUAAUUGUUGGUUGCAAAGCCCAGCAGCCAUCCUAUAUUCCUAGAACAGACUCAAACAAUGUUGUCUUGAUUGACGACAAUGGUGCUCCCCUAGGAACUCGAAUUGUUGUCCCAGUCCCUGCGUCUUUACGAACCAUCCUGAAAGAAAAGACCCAUGCCAAAGGGGCGGAUUAUACUAAGAUUUUGAGUAUUGCAACUAGGUUUAUAUAG